AUGCGGCUGGGCUACCUGAUCGCCUGGGACGAGGAGCGCUUCGACAGCCGCGAGGGAGCGGCUCCAGAGCUGGCGGACAUCUGGCGCGAGUUUGUGCUGCCAUGGGUGGUGCCAGCGGCCGAGGCGGUGGCGGUGGGCAGGCUCAUCCUCAAGGCGGCGGAGUGGUCGCCGCAGUCGCACGAGCUCUUCCCAACAGCGGCUCGCAAGCGUGCGGUCGAGGUGGUGCGGCUGGGCUACCUGGUCGCUUGGGACGAGGAGCGCUUCGACACUUCGACAGCCGUGAGGGAGCGGCUCCAGAAUGAGCUGGCGGACAUCUGGCGCGAGUUUGUGCUGCCAUGGGUGGUGGUGCGAUGA